AUGGCUGCUAUAAUUUUGCUAGAGAGUAGCCCGGUAAUGCUGGCACCAUGGCAUGGCCUCAGUGCCCAAAUCCAAGGUAAUAUUAGAAAUCCAGUGUUUGAGGAAGUACAUGGUGAGGACCUAUGGAGCUUUGGAGCAGCCAAUCCUGAUCACAACAAGCUUUUCAAUGAAGCAAUGGCUUGUGAUGCAAGGAUGGUUGUGCCUGCAGUGAUUGAAAGUUGUAUAGAGGUGUUCAAAGGGCUUCACACAAUAGUAGACGUGGGUGCGGGUAAUGGGACUGCUUUGCGCUUGUUGGUUGAGGCAUGCCCUUGGAUCUGA